AGGAGGAGGAGGAAGAGGAAAACAAGAGAAACAGCCAGUACAGCAGAGAGGAACGUAUGCCCAGUGGUCCUGGUCACUACGGAGCUAGCGCUGAGACUCCAGGGCCUUGCCCACCCCUCUGCCCUGCACCAUCCUGCACCAUCCCCACUGAGGCCAUGGGCCCAAGGGCUCUGCUGGUCCUGCUGGUGGCCACAGCUUGGCAUGCUCAAGGGGUCCCAGUGAUACAGCCCAGCGGCCCUGAGCUGGUCGUGGAGCCAGGCACAACAGUGACCCUGCGAUGUGUGGGCAACGGCAGUGUGGAAUGGGACGGCCCCAUCUCCCCGCACUGGAACCUGGACCUCGAGCCCCCCAGCAGCAUCCUGACCACGAAUAAUGCCACCUUCCAAAACACAGGGACCUAUCACUGCACUGAGCCUGGAAACCCCCAGGGGGGCAAUGCCACCAUCCACCUCUAUGUCAAAGACCCUGCUCGGCCUUGGAAGGUGCUGGCCCAGGAAGUGACGGUGUUGGAAGGUCAGGAUGCGUUGCUGCCCUGCCUGCUUACUGACCCAGCGUUGGAGGCAGGCGUCUCGCUGGUGCGGGUGCGUGGCCGGCCCGUCUUGCGCCAAACCAACUAUUCCUUCUCGCCCUGGCAUGGCUUCACCAUCCACAAGGCCAAGUUCAUUGAGAAUCACGUCUACCAAUGCAGUGCACGAGUAGACGGCAGGACGGUGACAUCGAUGGGCAUCUGGCUUAAAGUGCAGAAAGACAUCUCCGGCCUGCGAACCUUGACGCUGGAGCCUGCAGAGCUGGUGCGGAUUCAAGGAGAGGCUGCCCAGAUCGUGUGCUCAGCCAGCAACAUUGAUGUUAACUUUGACGUCUCCCUCCGUCAUGGAGACACCAAGCUCACAAUCUCUCAACAAUCCGACUUCCAUGAUAACCGUUACCAAAAAGUCCUGACCCUCAACCUCGAUCACGUGAGCUUCCAAGAUGCUGGCAACUACUCCUGCACGGCCACCAACGCCUGGGGCAACCACUCCGCCUCCAUGGUCUUCCGGGUGGUAGAGAGUGCCUACUUGAACUUGACCUCUGAGCAGAGUCUCCUCCAGGAGGUGACUGUGGGUGAGAAGGUUGAUCUCCAAGUCAAGGUGGAGGCCUACCCAGGCCUAGAAAGUUUUAACUGGACCUAUCUGGGACCCUUCUCUGACUACCAGGACAAGCUCGAUUUUGUCACCAUCAAGGACACAUACAGGUACACCUCGACCCUCUCCCUGCCUCGCCUGAAGCGCUCGGAGGCCGGUCGCUACUCCUUCUUGGCCCGAAACGCUGGAGGCCAGAAUGCCCUGACCUUUGAGCUCACCCUGCGAUACCCCCCGGAGGUAAGGGUCACGAUGACCCUCAUCAAUGGCUCUGACACACUGCUCUGUGAAGCCUCCGGGUACCCCCAGCCCAGUGUGACGUGGCUGCAGUGCAGGAGCCACACCGAUAGGUGUGAUGAGUCUGCAGGGCUGGUCCUAGAGGACUCACACUCUGAGGUCCUGAGCCAAGUGCCCUUCCACGAGGUGAUCGUCCAUAGCCUGCUGGCCAUCGGGACCUUGGAACACAACAGGACAUAUGAGUGUAGAGCCUUCAACAGCGUGGGGAACAGCUCCCAGACCUUCUGGCCCAUCUCUAUAGGAGCCCACACGCAGCUCCCCGACGAGCUGCUCUUCACGCCCGUGCUGCUCACUUGCAUGUCCAUCAUGGCCUUGUUGCUGCUGCUGCUCUUGCUGCUUUUGUACAAGUAUAAGCAGAAGCCCAAGUACCAGGUGCGCUGGAAGAUCAUCGAGAGCUACGAGGGCAACAGCUACACCUUCAUCGACCCCACCCAGCUGCCCUACAAUGAGAAGUGGGAGUUCCCCCGAAACAACCUGCAGUUUGGUAAGACUCUUGGAGCCGGUGCCUUCGGGAAGGUGGUAGAGGCCACAGCCUUUGGUCUGGGCAAGGAAGAUGCCGUCCUGAAGGUGGCUGUGAAGAUGCUGAAGUCCACUGCUCAUGCAGAUGAGAAGGAGGCCCUCAUGUCAGAACUGAAGAUCAUGAGUCACCUGGGCCAACACGAGAACAUAGUCAACCUUCUGGGAGCCUGUACCCACGGAGGCCCUGUUCUGGUCAUCACUGAGUACUGUUGCUACGGCGACCUGCUCAACUUCCUGCGAAGGCAGGCUGAGGCCAUGCUGGGCCCCAUGAGUGUGGGCCAGGACCCCGAGGCAGGCGCUGGCUACAAGAACAUCACCUGGAGAAAAAUAUGUUCGCAGGGUGUAGACACCUAUGUGGAGAUGAGGCCUAAGGUGAGGAGGCGCUGGGUGGCAGGGCGGAGGGCGGAGGACAGGGGCCGCUGGGGGCUGGGGUGUGGUGGGGCUUCCCUGACCUCUCCCACACCAGACCUGGGCAAGGAGGACGGGAGGCCACUGGAGCUACGGGACCUGCUCCACUUCUCGAGCCAGGUGGCCCAGGGGAUGGCCUUCCUUGCCUCUAAGAACUGCAUCCACCGGGACGUGGCAGCCCGAAACGUCCUGCUGACCAGUGGGCGUGUGGCCAAGAUUGGGGACUUCGGGCUGGCUAGGGACAUCAUGAAUGACUCCAACUACAUUGUCAAGGGCAAUGCCCGCCUGCCUGUGAAGUGGAUGGCUCCGGAGAGCAUCUUCGACUGUGUCUACACGGUUCAGAGCGACGUCUGGUCCUAUGGCAUCUUGCUCUGGGAAAUCUUCUCACUCGGGCUGAACCCCUACCCUGGCAUCCUGGUGAACAGCAAGUUCUACAAACUGGUGAAGGAUGGAUACCAAAUGGCCCAACCUGCAUUCGCCCCAAAGAACAUAUAUAGCAUCAUGCAGGCCUGCUGGGCCCUGGAGCCCACCCGCAGACCCACGUUCCAGCAGAUCUGCUCCCUCCUCCAGAAGCAGGCCCAAGAGGACAGGAGAGUGCCGAACUACACCAACUUGCCAAGCAGCAGCAGCAGCAGCAGCAGCAGCAGCAGCAGCAGCUGCCGCACUGGCAGUGGCGGUGGCAGCAGUAGUGAGCCCGAGGAGGAGAGCUCUAGCGAGCACCUGGCCUGCUGUGAGCAGGGGGAUAUCGCCCAGCCCCUGCUGCAGCCCAACAACUACCAGUUCUGCUGAGGGGACAACAGGGAAGCGCUGCUUUCCCCUUCCUCCAAGCUUCAACUCCUCCGUGGAUGGGGCACCAUGGGGAGAACCUACAGACUCUGCCCUUGGUCAUUUCACUCAACAGCCCAGCCCAGCUCUGAAACUCAGGAACGUGAGAUCCACGGGGGUCUCGGGAGGACCCCGCUUCCAGAGCCUGGGCCAUCACUGCCAAUCAGGGGCUAGGGCUGAGCCCCCCACCUCGCCCACUGUUCUCAAUGCUAUGGCCUCAUGUUUGCUAUGCCGACUGGGAGAACCCCCAGCUCACUCUCUUAACCUUGUUCUCACUUCCAGGAACCCCUUUCCCUAACUCCUUGUCUCACUGGAAAUGGACUGAUUUUACGGCCAUGAAGUGCCCCUAACAUUGAGAAGACAAGGCUCCUUAGGCCUUGGCAGAGGACCCCCCUGCAGCCAAGUGAAACGGCAAGAGCAGACAGGUGCUCAGAGACUGUGCCUGGCCCAGUGCCUGAGAGCAGGGGGGGGCUCUUUUGUAAGAAUGAACUGUACCUCCUAGUCCCUGCCCUUUGGCCUUCUCUCUACAGCCCCACCCUCCCUGGAUCUGGUCCCUAGAACGAGCCAGGUGGCAGCUAAAAGUUCGGGGUUCUGCCCCCCCCACCCCACCUGUCGUUCUGAGCUGGAAGGCAGGGGACCCGUGUGGCUGGCCACACCAAGCAAGCAGCACACACUCCGACAAGCUGACUCCUCUUAACUAACAGUCACGCUGCGGGACGUCUCUGUCAUUAAACUAACAGCAUUAACACA